AGGGACGCGGGGACCGCACUGGGACCGGUAUUUACUCAGAAAGCAAAGUGUGCAAGUAGCAGGAGCUUCGCUGUUGAUAGAAACGUUGCUGGGAGUUUCCGGACCCAAUGUAAAAUCGCGCUGCAAACUCGCUGCUCAGGCCGGGGAGACUCGCGCUCUUACAUUCACUUUUCACUUUAGUUCGAACUGCGAGCUUUUUUGUACAAAUUUUCACGUUUUGUUUUGCAACAUUAGCGUUUGGAUUAAAAUAGUUGGGGAAUGGUCUAUUUGUGAAACAUAAUGAUGGGGUCAACCCUCGAACUUCUUACAGAAUGGCCAGAGAAGAUUCUGUGAAAUGUCUUCGCUGCUCCCUUUAUGCUUUAAAUUUUCUUUUCUGGCUGAUGUCAGUGUGUGUUCUGGGUGUGUCUGCGUGGAUGAGAGAUUACCUGAAUAAUGUACUUGUGUUAACAACAGAGACCAGGCUGGAAGAAGCAUUCAUUUUGACAUAUUUUUCAGUGAUUCACCCCAUAAUGAUUGCUGUGUGCUGUUUUUUAAUAAUAGUUGGAAUGUUAGGCUGCUGUGGAACAAUAAAGGGAAAUCCAUUGCUGCUUGCUUGGUACUUUGGUAUCCUGCUUGUAAUAUUCUGUGUGGAACUAGCCUGUGGAGUAUGGAGCUAUGAUCAAGAUUAUUUGGUCUCCAUUCAAAGGUCUGAUGUGCUUGAGCUGAAGACUAGAAUGUCUCAUUAUGGUAUGGCCAGGUACCAGUGGUUAACCCAUGCCUGGAAUUUCUUUCAGAGGGAGUUCAAGUGUUGCGGAGUGGCAUACUUUUCAGAUUGGUUGGAAAUGACAGAAAUGGAGUGGCCUCCUGACUCCUGCUGCAUUAGAGAAUUUCCUACAUGCUCUAAACAAGUCCUCAAUGGGAAUCAUAUUGAUAUUUAUCAAGAGGGCUGUGGACAGAAAAUAUUCAACUUCCUACGUGGCACAAAGCAAUUACAAGUGUUGAAGUUUCUUGGGAUUUCCAUUGGAGUGACACAGUUACUGGCCAUGAUACUGACUAUUACAUUGCUUUGGGCCUUAUACUACGACAAAAAGGAACCAAGAACUGGCCAAAGGAUGGGCCCAAAAAAUCUGAGUGUCCAGCACUUUGCCUGUCAUUCAAUAGAACUAACGAAGCAUGUGCCAAAGAACAAUGAGCUGAGACAGACACGUGCAGCACACAAGUUUUGUACACACUUUGAAAUAGAGGAAUUAUAGCUGGUAUUGAUCAAGUCAGCUGGAUGCUGGAAACUUAGCAUGAAAAUUUCUUUUACCAUUGCACAGAUAUCACUAUAGAAUUUUGAAAGGACUUCUGAAUUCUGAAUUACCGCAUCAGACCAAACAAAUGUUUAAGAGGCUGAGAAAGAAACUUUUCAGCAAAGGUAACUGGAAAAGGGUUUACUUUGAUUAAGAUAUUUUUGAUUGCUGCUACAGAAGACAUGUACUCUCUUGAGUAUCAGUCUCCCUUUUGACCAUCUUUACUUGACAUUCAAUUGAUUGAUUCAUUGUUGUCUCGUGUACCAACAUACAGUGAAAAGUGUUGUUUUGUGUGCUAUUCAGGCAGAUCAUACUGUACAAAGGGCAUCAGGGUGGCAUCCAUUCAUUUGAGAUCUUCUUAUGUCUUUGCUUCUGACCUUCAUUCCAGGACAACAAAAUCAAUUAUUUUCCAGGCAUUGAUGUUUACCCAUUGUAACACCAAAGAGCAGUAGGAAUACUGAACAUCAUCUAUCAGUGAUGCUCUGAUCAAUGUAAUAGUUCAUUAAUUAAAUAUAUUUUACAAGCCUUUUGACAGGGUUCUCGAAUACCAGAAUUAUUGUAAUGGACCAGGAGUUCUGAGUUCACCAGUUUUUUUUUUCAGGAAAGCUUGAUUGCUGUGCUUUGAAAAUUUUCCUGAAAUAUAUUAAUCAAUUCAAAUUUGUUUAUGUUCUGUCUUAACUAAAUAUUAAUGUAAUUGAUUAAUGUACUAUUCUGUGUCAUUUAUUGUUGGGUACAAGAAAUCACAUCAUUGAAUAUUAGUCUUUGAAUUUAGCUCCUUUCUAAUUUUUACGAUACCAUAUCAGAAAUUUCCAUCUUUGUUUUAAAACGAUUGAUGUAUGUAGAACCUAUUUACUGUAUGAUUACAAAAAUCACAUUUGUGAUUAUGCUGUGUUAUUUAUGUGUUGUAUGUUUCAAUAAUUGUUUUUUAAGUAAUGCAAACCAUUGCAUCAAAUGGCAGCACUGCUUAGAUUUUCUAUGUUUAAUAUUUCAAGGGUACACUGAAAAAGGCUUUGAAUCUAUUGAUUUUCACUUCUGAAAUAAGUUUUACAACAAUGUUCCUUCAUAGUUAUAGUGUUGCAAUUUGUUGGAACAAUGACGCACUUCGACAUUGAGUGCUAAAAUAUAGAUUUAUGGCCAUAAUCCUGGUUAUCAAAGUUAAGUCUGAGCAAAUACAUAUUCAUUGGAAAAUUUAA